GCAGCAGCUGCUGAGUUGCUCAGACAUGGCGGAGGGUACAGUGUAACUGAGGAUCAGCGGCGGAGUUAAGUGAGUUUUCCCAGCAGUUGAGUUGGCGAAAGGAGCCUGAAAUGAUCCGGAAGGAGAGGAAAAUGUAUUCAGUUGACGAGUACGUGAGGGGGAAGCAAAAAACGACCGGAACUGCUCCACGUUAGGAAGAUGGAAACAUGUAUCGCUGUUUAGUGCAGUCAACAGCCUUGGGCAACAAAUAUGGCUUCUUGUGCCUUUUUCAAUAUGCUAUAAAAAUCGAUUUCCCGUGCAACCUAAUGCCGUGGUGGUUCCGACGAACUUCUGCGAGCAGCGGUAAGUUCAGUUCGGUAAUCGUUCGGUACUUUUGAUCAGUGAGGAUCCUAACAUCCACUUGGCCGUCUGGGGUUAGCUGGGAAAGCUACGGAACUACGGCAGAUAGCAAUGGAGCCAAAGCACAAAGAGUUGCUAGACCAGUGCCACCAGAACUUACUGGAGUCCAUAACAGAUGCGGACCGAGUGAUCGAGCUGCUGAUAGUCUCGGGUACUUUGAGUCAACUGGACAGGUUCGAACUGGACCAGAACUGCUCGUCCAGCGCCGAGAAAGUCGAUCACCUUUUGAAGAUGCUGAUGAACAAGGAGAGCGACCAUUUCCUCGACCUGUGUGUGGCCCUGGAGAAGGCAUACCCUGACCUGUACAUUGCCCUGUUCAGCAACAACGGCGGUGGACCCGUGGACCACUCCACUGGUUCCACCUACAGCGUCCUGUCCACCAUGCCAUCAGACUCGGAAAGCAGCAGUUCUCUCAGUAGCGUUGGUUCCCCUGUAAACGGUGAAGCGUCCUCCCCUCCCCCAGCCAUUAACGACAACCGUCAAGCCGGCGACAACCUGGACACCAUCCUCCUGCAGCUCCGCCAGGUGACCAGGGAGCGGGAUGAGCUUCGGAAGCGUCUGGCGUUGGCAUCGCCUGGGACCACCUUCGAUGACUGCAGGCCAAAUCCCAAACCCAGCCAUGACUACGAGCGCCUGAAAAGCCAGUGCAUGAGGGCCAUGGGAGACCUACAGUCUCUUCAGAACCAGCAUACCAAAACACUGAAGAGGUGUGAGGAGGCCGUGAAGGAAGCCGACUUCUACCACAUGCUGCACAGCCGCGUCCUGGGCGACCAGGCUCAGCUGAAGGAGGAGAUGGAAACGGUCAGGAGGGAGAACGCCCAACUUGUCCGAGAACACAACCACCUGAAACAGAACUGCGAGGAGCUCAAACGACUUCACAGUCAAGACCAGAAGGAGUUGGCAGACCUUCGGCUGCAACAACAGCAGGUGAUGAGGGAGAAAGGCUCGUCGGAGGUGUUGAAUCAGUUGUACGACACUGCGAUGGACAAACUGGAGGGCAUGAAGAAGGACUAUGACGCCCUCAGCAAGCGCUACGGCGAGAAGGUGGCCAACCACAACACUGACCUGAGUCGUCUGGAGCAGGCGGAGGAGGAGAACCGCCGGCUGCAGAAGCAGAUGGAUGCUUUGCUAAAACAGCGAGACUCGGCCAUGCACUACCAGCAGCAGUUCUCCACGUCGAUGAGGAGGUUUGAUUCAGUGCAGCAGGAGCUGAACAAGUCGUCGGCUCAAAACAAGGAGCUGCAGAGGGAGAUGGAGCGACUGCAGUCGGAGGUGACGCGCUACAAAAACCUGCAGCUGAAGGCUUCCAAGGACUGCGAGAAGUACAAGGAGGAGAGGGAUUCCGUCUUCAAUGAGUACCGCCUCAUCAUGAGUGAGAGGGACCAGGUGAUCAAAGAGCUGGAUAAGCUGCAGACGGAAUUGGAGGCGGCUGAAGCACGACUGAAGAACACUUCUUCAGAGCGGGUAGUGGCUAGUGAGGAGUUGGAAGCACUCAGACAGGAGCUGAACUCGUCACUGGUGGACCGGGACAGGGCCAUCUGCGAGCGGAACGAGCUGCUGGAGAAGUACUGCGACGAAGUGAAGGACAAAGCAGAAGCCCAGAAGGAGCUGAGCCAGGCCUGCAAGGACAUCGAGAUGGUCCGGGAGGAGAGGGACGUGGCUCGCAAGGAGAGGACCGAGGCCAUCAUUCAACGGGAUCAACUGCUUCGAGAAUACUACCAGGCCAGACAAAAACAAGACUCCGCUACCCUGGACAUGGAACGAGCCAAUAAGGAGAUAGAGAUGCUGAGGAAGCAGUAUGAAGCCAUGUCCCAGGAACUGAAGGAGGCCACACAGGAAGCAGAGGUGGCCAAAUGUCGAAGGGACUGGGCCUUCCAAGAGAGGGACAAAAUAGUGGCAGAGAGGGAGAGCAUAAGAACUCUGUGUGAUAACUUGCGGCGAGAAAGGGACCGGGCCGUCAGCGACCUGGCCGACGCCUUGCGUAAUUUGGACGAUAUGAGGAAACAGAAGAACGAUGCGCUGCGAGAACUCAAAGAAUUAAAGGAAAAGAUGGAGAGCCAGCUGGAGAAGGAGGCCCGGUUCUGUCAGCUAAUGGCACACAGCUCUCACGACUCUGCCAUUGACACGGACUCCCUGGAAUGGGAGACGGAGGUGGUGGAGUUUGAGAAAGACAGGGAGGACAUGGACUUGAAGGCUCUUGGGUUUGACAUUGCCGAGGGCGUAAAUGAUCCCUAUCUACCUGGAGACUGUGGAAUAUUUGUUACAAGGGUGGAUAAAGGAAGUGUUGCUGAUGGAAGGCUAAGAGUGAACGAUUGGUUGUUGAAGAUUAAUGACAUCGACUUGACCAAUAAGGACAGAAAACAGGUGGUGAAGGCUGUGGUUAAUGGAGGCGGAUUGAUCAACAUGGUGGUACGAAGAAGGAAGUCUCUGGGAGGAAGGCUGGUCACCCCUGUUCACAUCAACCUAAUGGGACAUAAAGACAGUGGUAUUAGUUUGGAAAGUGGGGUGUUUGUCACUGCCAUCACCCUGGGAAGUCCCGCAGCCAGAGAGGGCUCGCUCACUGUGGGAGACAGACUUAUUGCUAUUAAUGGAAUUGCUCUUGAUAACAAAUCUGUGACGGAGUGUGAGGCUCUGUUGCGGAGCUGCAGGGACUCGCUGAGCCUCUCCCUUAUGAAGUUUUUCCCUCACAGCACAUCAGGCCAGAACAUCUUCGAGAGCCUGCGUGAUUCAUCCGAGAAGUCCAACGGACGCAUUCUGUUGUCUGAGCUCCACUCCAGAAACAGCCGCAACCUGAAACACAACAGCUCGACGCAGACCGACAUCUUCUGCCCUGAUGGUGGAAGCGCCAGCUCUGGUAGUAUCUCUGGGGAGAGGAGGAAGGUCAGAGGGGAGCCUGAUGAGAUUUAUGGCGAUGUGAGCAAACCGUUCUCCAGCGUUUCCCUCCACGCCACUAGUCUGCGACCUCUGGCCGACCUGGGAACCGGUCGCUACGGACCCAGCGCGUUUCAGGAGUGCUGUUCGUAUACGAAGGCGCCUUCCUCCUUGCCGUUUGAGCCCAUUUCCCACUCCGAAUGCAUUGGUAUGGAGACUGCCCUGGAGAAGAAGCACAGUGGCGGCACAUGGCCCAAGAUGAUGGUUGGAGGUAUGUCGGUUGUUCCAGACAACGCUAGUCAGAUCUCAGCAGCCACCCAACUCUCCAUCUAUAAAUCACCCAAGCAGAGGAAGUCAAUCUUUGACCCAGACACUUUCAAACGCCCCGAGACUCCCUCUUCCAAGCUGGAGUACUUGGCAGCCAAUCAGAUUGCAGCUGUAGCUUCACACUCCCCACAGUCUUCAAAGACAGAAUCUCUCUCAUCCUCUUCUACCCCUACUCCAACUCCUCCUACCCCUCCCACCCGCAGUGACUCUUUUAAAUUCAAACACAAACAUCAAAGCAGCUCCGCCUCAGACUGCACGAUCACCUCCGACGGCAAAGGGGAGGCUACCACCUCCAUGGCAGCAGGAGAGAGCAGAGAAAGGAGUGAGCGAGAAAGAGACAGGAAUGGCAACCACUACUUCCUGGAAGGAAAGGUCCUGACUUCAAGAAAGUCAUGCGAUGAGGACAUUGGGCGCACCAGAAUGGAGGAGCCAGAGGUAAAGAGGCCUCGUCCUAAAUCUGCCCCUGCACUUCGACGUCGGACCCCAAAGAUCACUCAUCCCCCCUUCCAGGGCUACUCCAACGAUGAACAUUCACCAGAGUCCAGGGACAUACUGCACUCCCCCGGCCCCUCAAAUCGCCACAGUGUCGGCUUGAUACCUGCAGUCUACAAUGGCUCCCUACCUCCUAAUUCAGCCCAUCGUGGACUGUCUCCUUGCCCUGCUGUGACGGCUGUGAUGAGGAAUCCUGUAUAUACUGUGCGCAGUCACCGCGUUCAUACUAGCAACUGUCCAUCUGUAGCAUCUCAGAUAUGUCACCAGCACACCCACACCAGCCCCCAACACCAGGGUCGCCUGAGCUUGGACCUGAGCCAGCAGAAGCGCACCAGCGAUUACUCUGAAACGUCCUCAUCACGCAGCAGCAGAGCGUCACACGGUACAAACUCACUGCCCUCCAGCGCACGGCUCGGUUCUUCCAGUAACGUCCAGUACCGCACAGAGAGGAUCAAAAUCCCCUCAACUCCCCGUUACCCCCGCUCCAUGCUGGGCUCAGACAGAGGCUCUCUGUCACACUCCGAGUGCAGCAGUCCCAGCCUCAUCACCCCUCCGCAGUCGCCACUCAACCUGGAGACUUCCUCGUUUGCCAGCAGCCAAUCACAAGGCUCCAUUUCCACGUUACCGCGUAUCUCAGUCAGUCCUGUGCCAAUAGGGGAGCGCAGAAAAGACAGAUCUCUUUAUCGUAAUCGCUCUUUUCUAAGGAUUCCUCUGGCUGCAAGGCCGAGGUUCUCCUCUCUCAGGAGCCUCAGGCCGUACUUGGAGGAACCGCGCAACGUCAUCGUUCACAAAGGUGUCGAGCCUCUGGGCAUCUCUAUUGUGAGCGGGGAGAACGGAGGAAUCUUUGUUUCAAAAGUUACUGGAGGGAGCAUCGCCCACCAGGCAGGAUUGGAGUAUGGAGACCAAUUACUGGAGUUCAACGGUAUCAACUUGCGGAAUGCUACAGAGCAGCAAGCUCGUCUCAUCAUUGGACAGCAGUGUGACACUAUCACCAUCAUGGCCCAGUACAACCCACAUAUGUACCAGCUGGGCAACCACUCUCGCUCCAGUUCCCGUCUUGAGCCCUCAGUCAGCAAUCAGUCAACCCCACAGGGGAGCGGGACUGCAACUCCAGACAGUCACUCUGCUAUUGAUACGCUCAGCGAGCAGGACGAGGGCACACUCACUCCCUCCUCCAAGCAAACUACCCCUACUACCAGCCCCAACAGUUUUGUCAGAGUGCCGCCUGAGGGCAACAAGAAGGCUGGUGAGCCCAGACUUGUGACAGUCCACCGGCCUGGGGUGGAGGUGGGUGUUACUCUCUGUGGGGGGAACCUGCGGGGCGUCUACAUAGAGAGUCUGGAUGAGGACAGUCCUGCAAGAGGUCCAGAUGGGCUUAUUCCUGGGGAUCUCAUCCUAGAGUAUAACUUGGUGAACAUGAAGAAUAAGACGGCUGAAGAAGUGUACGUUGAGAUGCUGAAACCUGCAGAGACAGUGACAUUAAAGGUGCAGCAUCGGCCUGAUGAUUUCAGCACGGUCAAAGACGCACCCGGAGAUGGCUUUUAUAUUCGAGCACUUUACGACAGGGUGGGGGAGGCUGAAGGAGACCUCAGUUUUAAGAAGGAUGACAUCCUUUAUGUGGAUGAGUCGUUACCAAAGGGCAGCUUUGGGACCUGGAUGGCCUGGCAGCUAGAUGAGAACGCACAGCAGAUCCAGAGAGGACAGAUCCCCAGCAAAUACAUGAUGGACCAAGAGUUUUAUCGCAGACACAGUGUGACAGAAAUGAAGGAAGAUUCCAGCAAGACUCUCUCUGCAGCCGCCCGCCGAUCGUUUUUCAGGAGGAAACAGAAACACAAGCGCAGCAGCUCCAAAGAUAGUAAAGAGAUGGUGGCUCUGGACACCAUCAGCACUGAUUCCAUCCCCUUCCUGGAUGACUGUGUGAGCCUGGCAUACCAGCGAGUCCAGAAGGUGGAGUGCACCUCUCCCCGACCGGUACUGGUACUCGGGCCUCUCAGUGACCCAGUCAAGGAAAUGCUGGUUAAAGAAUCUCCUGGGAAGUUUUGCAGAUGCCUGCUGGAGGUGAUGAAGGCCUCGCAGCAGGCCAUCGAACGUGGUGUCAAAGAUUGCCUCUUUAUUGAUUACAAGCGCAGGAGUGGACACUUUGAUGUCACCACCGUUGCUUCGAUAAAGGAAAUAACAGAUAAGGGCUGUCACUGUUUGCUUGACAUCGCCCCGCACGCCAUUGAGAGGCUCCACAGUGUUCACAUCUAUCCUAUUGUGGUCUUCAUUCGCUACAAGAACGCCAAGCAGAUUAAGGAACAGAAGGAUCCAAUUUUUCUCCGGGAUAAAGUAUCUCAAAAACAUUCCAAGGAGCAAUUUGAAAGCGCGCAGAAGAUAGAACAAGAAUACAGCAAAUUUUUCACAGGUAUUGUCCAAGGCGGCAACCUCCCGUACAUUUGCACUCAGAUCACAACUAUAGUUGAUCAAGAACAAAGUAAAGUCCUGUGGACUCCACUUGGCUCCCCCUAGAGGAGCCUGGCUGUCACUAUAGUGAGCCGUGGCUCUGCUUUUCAUUCCCCAAACACUAAUUAACUCUUUCACACUUUACCAAUAGGUACACUACCAUGAGCUAGUUGUGUAAAUUAUUGAUAUAUAUUUUUUUUAUUUUGUCUUUGUUAUGUUUUAUAAUCAGUCUCCUUUAUUUCUGAUGUACUCUGAAGCAGGUUGGUAGCAUUGCAUAUUAACGUUAAGGUUUAAUCAGUCUUCCCUGAGGAUUCUGUCGGUGUGUUCGUUAUGCUGCAUUGUCUGUUUACAGUUCUGAGAUAAGUCUGAAUAUCGGUGUUCAAUAUUUGAUACGAGUGUCCCUUGACCAUAAACCUCAACACUAAUGAAGUUCUGCCGCUCCUGACAUUUGUGGUUUCCCUACAAAUAUGCACCCAUUUGAUGAUGACUGACAACUAAUUAUAAUUUAUUUUAAUUUUAUUUCUUUAUUGUGCACAUGGUGGAUUGAAAAGUGAGAACACAGCUUUACGAUUAAACCGCAAUGACGUUUUUUCUGCAGAGGUGAAUUGUGGUUUGUAGCAGUGAUAUGAAAGUGGAAUACCAGCGUCAAGAUCAGUCAUGACAUUUCUUCAACAAUGCAAAUGAAUGCAUUUAAUCUUUAUAACAAAAUGUAGCAGUGGGUUUAAUGAAGCCGCCUGCCAACAAUCUCAUGUUUCGCUCUAUGCAUGGUCCCCAUAGCAGCCAGGUGUGUGGACAGAUAGUAGGCCUUUCAGAAGUGCCUUUACACUAGAAUAUUAAUCUGAAACCAACCGUGGGUCAUUUAACACUAAUUAAGACCUGUUUUAGAUUCCUUUCAAAAGUUCACCUUAACCUGUUGACAAAUGAUGAAGGGGCUGAUCUGAGACCAGCACAGUUUUAGCGAGUAACGAUGGUGAGAAUUUGAAGUUAGGCCGACACGGCGGCCAAAAGGUUAACUCCUCAGAAUGCACUCCAGGUUCAGACUAACCACUGUGUAACUCAUUCUGUUGCUUUAACACUUAUUUAACAAUAUAGAGUAUGCCACAUAUAUGUAGUAUGCAGCUAAAUCUGGGAAGAAAACGUAUAUAACUAUAUAUUCCAUGUAUUGUCACUUGGUAAUACUCCAAGCCUUUGGCAGUCAUGUCACGCCUCAACAGGUUAAGAGCAUGUAUUAUGUUUUUUUUUUUUCCUUGUGGUUGGUUGUCAGUCACUUCUCACCACACCACACAAUUUAAAGACAUGCUACAAAGCUUAGUUUGCAGGGUAAUACCUUUAGGGAUUUUCCUCAAACCUCUUUAAAUGUUAGUGACUUUUAACUGUUAUUUGUUCUUUUUUUAUUAUUAUUCAGGAUGCAAAAAAUAAACCCCAAAUAAUGACCCUUAUUAAAGCUAUAUCCUAUAUCUUAUUGUGCCAAAAUCCACUGAAACACCUUUAUCCUCAUAUAAUAUCCUAUAUUUCCUUUUUGCACAUGUUUAUCUGUGAACCCUAAACAUGUUACUGUUCUUGUUUCCAGCAUACUACAGAUAGGUACUAUAAUUUCUACUGUAACUAAUUCAUGUUUUUAUGUUUCACAUCAGUUCCUUACAUUUCAUCGUUGGCCUUUGUUUUUAUUUCUUGAUUUAAAAAAAAAAAAAAAGAGGAUCACUUCUUAUUUGAGUUAUUAAAAAGGGAUUUGUCCUUGCACAUUUUUAAUGCAAAAUUGUCGUCGAGUGUGACUAUUGGGCUAAAGGAAAAAGAAGCAAAUUGUAAUGUUACUAUUUUUCUGAGUAGUUAGGGUAAACCAACUUUAGAGUGAGAUGCAACAUAAGAUGGCUGUCUGUUUAGAGAAAAAAAAGUGUUUAGAUGCCAGGUACUGAUUGAACUCUUUCAUUAAAAGAAUGUGAUUUGUAUGUUGAAGCAUUAACAUGAGAAUAAACUCAUUUUCUGUAUCACAUCACA